GGGGCCUCUUGGUUUGGAUGGCAAACCAGGACCUCCAGGACCAAAAGGGGAAAAGGGUGAAGCAGGGGACGUCGGCCCAAGGGGUGACCAAGGUCGAGAUGGAGCCACGGGCCCCCCUGGUCCACCAGGACCCCCAGGUGCCCGGGGGCCUCCUGGUGACACGGGAAAGGAUGGCCCAAGAGGACCUCCAGGCUCCCCUGGUGUCAAAGGCGAGCCAGGAGAGGAAGGACUCAUGGGUGCCAGAGGACCUCCAGGACCAAAGGGUGAGCCUGGAGUCCAAGGGAAAAAGGGUGAUGAUGGGAUCCCUGGGGAACCAGGACUUGUGGGCCCUAAGGGAGAAAAAGGAAGUGUGGGUCCCAAGGGAGAGAAUGGCACCGAUGGCUUCCCAGGACCCAAGGGUGAAUCCGGUGAGAAGGGAGGAAUUGGCUCCAUUGGACCCCGGGGUCCCCCUGGCCUGAAAGGGGAACAGGGCGACACGGUCGUGAUCGACUACGACGGCCGGAUCCUGGAUGCACUCAAGGGUCCACCAGGUCCCCCAGGGCCACCCGGCCCCCAAGGCACUCCAGGUCCCAAGGGAGAGCUGGGCUUGCCGGGCCCACCUGGACUGGACGGUGAAAAGGGUCCCAAAGGAGCAAAGGGUGACCAGGGCAGCGCAGGGAUCACGGGGCAGAAAGGAGAGACAGGAGAAAUGGGCUUAGCGGGUCCACCGGGAGCAGAAGGGCCAAAAGGAGACAAAGGAGAAAAAGGAGACACCGGCUCACCAUGUCUGCAGAACAAUCAUAUCAUACCUGAGCCUGGACCCCCUGGAUUACCUGGCCCUAUGGGCCCUCCAGGAAUCCAGGGACCUAAAGGUUUGGACGGUGCAAAGGGAGAAAAAGGUGACACUGGUGAGAAGGGGGACCACGGUGACACUGGACCUGCUGGUCUCCCGGGCGCUCCAGGGCUCAUUGGUUUACCUGGUACCAAAGGAGAGAAGGGAAAGCCGGGGGAGCCAGGAUUGGAUGGUUUCCCAGGUCUCAGAGGAGAGAAAGGAGAGAGAAGUGAAAGAGGCGAGAAGGUGAGUGG